UAAGUAGUUUAUACGUCACACCAUGUCAGGCAAGUUGCCAUAUACCGUGGAUGACGUCAAAGAUAUUCACGCGGUAUCCAUUUUGGAAAUGCAAAAUAAAGGCGAGGAAUUCAAAUUAAAGUUUGACGUGUUUGAAGGAAUAUUCGAUCAAGUACGAAACACUCCGCUUGCUAUCAUUAGCAUUGCGGGGCCGUUUCGUAAAGGAAAGUCAUUCAUGCUAAACUUACUAUUACACUACUUAAUGGAAGGCCAGGUAAGGCGCUAAAGGGUGUAUGUAGACCUAGUUCCCAGAACGUAACCGUUUUGCAUCAUUACGUUAUAGUCCAGCGACGUCUACAAAGACAAAAAAGCACAAAUCCGAAAUAUUUUUAACUGGAGAGGCGGAGUCGAACGGACGACAGUUGGGAUCGAGAUCACAAACAAGCCGAUAAUGGUUAAAGACAAGAGUGGAAAGCGAGUUGCUGUAUUUUUCAUGGACACUCAAGGUAUGUUUGAUCACAAAACAACCGGAAAAGGAUGUUCAGCCAUAUUUGCCAUGAGCACUCUACUCAGUUCGAUGCAAAUCUACAACCUUUCAGGUCAUAUUCAGGAGGACCAUCUUCAGUAUUUGGAGAUAUUUACAAACUAUGCGAGGUAUGCUGUGGAACAGAAACAACAUGCCAAUGCCUCAACAUGCCCGUUUCAGGGACUUAUGUUUUUGCUGCGAAACUGGGAAAUGGCUGACUAUCAAUUCGGACAACAAGGAGGGGAUGAAUACUUAGCUACAGUUAUGGAAGAACAUUUGCAAGAAAAUGUAUCAGUUCGUCAAAACAUGAGCAACAGCUUCUCUGAUAUUGGAUGCACACUAAUGCCACACCCAGGAAAGAACGUUGCGAGGCGUAAAACAGCAAUUAAUAAUAACAUCGAGCUUUCAGAUAUAGACGAAGAGUUUUUGGAUGAAGUUUAUAAUUUGGCAAAGUACUUGUUUAAUCAAGAAAGUUUGAUUGUUAAAAAGUUAGAUGGUAUCACAAUUACUGGCGAAGGUCUCAUCGAUCUGGCAAUUGAAUAUGCAAAAAUACUCAGCGGUGGUGAAGUUCCAAAAGUGGUUUCCAUGCUUCAGGCUAACUUAAAAGCUCAGUUCAUUCAGUUUAUCCGGCAAUUAGAAAGCGAACACGAGGACUUUAUGGAUCAGCAGGUAGGCAGUGUCUACAUUUUCAGCGACAAACUGGAGGAAAUGCAUGAGGACCAAUUGGUAAAGGCUUCAAAUGCUUACAGGAAGCGUGACAUAUUAGAUAAAGAAGAAAGUAAAGCCAACAAGGAUAAAAUGGAGAGGAAUAUGCGCAUUGCGUAUUGGAAAGCAAUUUCUAAGAAUGAAAAAACAAAGGAAGGAAGAAUGCAACUUAUUCGUGAGAAAAUAGAAAUUGUUUCUUCAUUCUACAAAAACCAACUCGAAAAGUGUGAUAGAUACAAAAGUGAAGAGACCUUGGGCACAAUAAGAAGAAAAGCUGUGAGCAAGUUUCAUGAACUAACAGGAGAAUACGAAAGCCAUUUAGUGAAACAACAUAUAUCCCCACUAGAUCGUGAACUUGAUUUAAUAUUUGAAGAGUAUGAACAACAAAGAAAAAAAUUGGAGGAAGAAGAUGAGAAUGUAUUAGCACCAAUCAUUACAAGGUUGAGGGAAAACUACAUUCAAGCCAUGGACAAGGCGGUGGACGGUAAGAUCUACAUUGACAAUUUAAAUAAAGUUCAUGACACAGCUUUCACUGCGAUGAUGAAGGAACUUGACGAGAAUGAAGAAUGCAGGAAUACAAAAAAGAAAUCUGAAAAAAGACGUAAACUCGAACACGAAGCGAAUAACCAUUUUAUUCGGCUUCGUACGCAGAACGAGAAAAUCAUAGAAAAAGAAGUAUUGCCGAUCAUCAAUAAAGCUAAAGAAGAAUACAGAAAAGCUUCACAGGCAAGCCGUGAUACGUAUGUACUCGAAGAAGAAAUACAAUCAGGUCAUAAAAUUGCUGAGAAAGCAGCCAGAGGUAUUGUGGAGAAUUCGUGCGCUGGAAAAGAGACUUGGUUCGUUCAGAAAUGCAGAGAACACGUCAAGUCAUUCAGCCAGUAUGAGUUACAAGCGCUUCUUCGGAAAAAUAAUAUGCGAAAGGCUCAAGCGACCCAAAGAUUCUUUCAGAAAAGACUUUACCUCGCCAAGGAAUACUUUAAGAACAAUUUUGCAACAUUGCAAAAUAAGUACGUGGACCAAGAAGUCCUGGAGAAAAUGCAUGAGAAAGGAAUGAAGAUGGCACUAAGUACUUUUCAAACUUAUUCUGGGCCACCAUUGGAAGAAUUUACUGAGCAAAUGGUGAUAUUGAAAGUGGAGGUUGAAAAAUUGUUUAAACAAGCAAAAGCAAACAACAGAAGAAUUGAAAUAAAGAUUAAGCAGAAACUCAAUCAGUUUUAUGAAAAACUGGCAGUGGAUUACUUAACUAUGAUGGGAGGGGCUACAAGAAAACGAUACAUAAGUUUAAAAGCAUUGGUGGUAGCACACUGUCGGUUCAAAGAAUUGCUUAUAGCCGAAGUUGAAAAAGCAAUUCGAUAUGAACAGAUUAGGGAAUCUUGUAUUGAAAGUUGUAAAGUGGUUUUGGAAAAAGAGUUUAAAGAAGUCGUUGGCAACACCUCACAACCAGAAGAGGAAACAGGUGGAUGGUUCAAAGCAUUGGGAACACAACUUGGAGCACUAACUGGUCUUAUGAAUGUUACCAUUAAUGUUUCAAUGAAUAACCUUGCAUCAGUAGCAUAUCUUAAAGGUUUGGGAUUGGAGUAGGGCCAGUAGGCAAGCUUUGAUGUUGCAGAUAAAAAUAACAAUUGAUUUGCCUGUAUUUAAAACAAGUGUAAAACUAGCUUGCAAUUCACUGCAUGUGAUUAAGUUAUCCUUCAACGUUUGAUAUUAUACUCACUUUGAAAUAACAUCUGCUUCAGUUUG